CCGGGUGUGUUUAAAUGUUGGAUUAGAGACACCUCUUCUGAGCUGCAAAAAGGCACGCGAUCAGCGAUCAACGAUCGUUCAAAGCUCGCACGCCCACCCAUCAUCAUCAUCGUCAUCGUCAACGGUCGAUCGAUCUGUAAUGUCUCUGACAGCGCGGAACACUCGGUCACGAUAAAAUCAAUCGAAUGUGCCAAUAAGGAUCCCGAUCCGAUUCUUCUUCCCAACAUCCGCCCCAACAGUCACUACAAUGCGUCACAACAACAUCGAAUCGAUACGGGCGCUCACGCACGAUCAGCAACCAUCGAUGGAGGCGACAUCGAUGGCCGAUGCGAACAACAACAACAGCCACGGUCACGCUACCGGUUACUCACCCCUAGCGGCUGAUGCUGCCGGUACGCUAGCCUCGGAGAUACGAAAGGACGAAAAGUAUUCACUCCGGCAACGUCAAUCCCGCCGAACUACACUCGACUCACGCACCACAAAUCGGACAUCAGCGGCAGUAGCGGCGGCAACAGCAGCGACCGCAUCAUCCGCGACGUCCGCUGCAUCAACAGGAACGGCCACGACCAAGGAAAAACCACCGCCGAAAGAGAAACCGAAACCCAAAGCUGCUCCCCUCAGCAAAUACCGACGGAAAACGGCGAACGCUCGCGAAAGGAGUCGAAUGCGGGAAAUCAACAGCGCAUUCGAGAACCUUCGCCGGGCGGUCCCAUUGGCCGUGGCGGGGACAAGUGGUACCAGCUCACCGGUCAGCUCCCCACAACAAUGUAGCAGCAGCGGAGGUGCUUCGUCGAGCGAAAAACUCACCAAAAUCACCACCCUCCGAAUGGCGAUGAAGUACAUCCGGAUACUGAGCGAUAUGCUGUCGAGUGAGCGGCCACCGAACGGUGGCUACGACAACAACAACGAUCUGGACAUGAUCAACCACAACGAGAUCGAGCGAGAGGUCAUGCAGAAGGGACUGCUGUUGCGUGACGGUUUGCAGCAGGGUUACGGAUCACCGGAUUUGUCACCGGUUCGUCCGUUGCAGUACGAUCCUGCCAGUGGCGGCAGCAGUAGCAGCAGCAGCAGUACGACGACCUCCGGGCACUCCACUGCGGCCAGUGGGAACAACUCAAGGAAACGAAGUGCGAGCAAGAAAAGCGCGAGCGGUGGAAGUAAGGCGAAGAAGAGUGCACCAGCGAGUAGUACGCGCACCUCGUCCCGGAAACUCCCCAGCCGGGGUAGCAGUCAAGCGGUCAAACAGGCGCCCAGCUUGACCUCCGGUGUGUCACCGACACCGAGUUUGAUAAUCCCGGAUCCGACCAUCGACCCGGGUCCCGGUCUUGACACGGGCCCACUCAGUAUGGACGUGGAUCUUGGUUCGGUGCUGGAGUCGGACAAUGAUUCGCUUAUUCUCUCCGAACGAUGCCUCAGUCCGGGUGUGACGGCGGGGCUGAAGGGAGCGCACGGGUUCCCCGGUUGCUCGAACCAACACACCAGUGACAGCACGGUGGUACCAAACGAUAACCUCGAGUUUGGCCUGUUCCUAGAGUCGGAUGCGGACUCGCUGCAGCUGUCCGAACCGUGUCUGAGUCCGCUCAGCCACCUCGACGCACUCAACCCGUUCAACGAGCUGCUGCACACGGGCUUCAACGAGCAGACGGCCCUCGAGCUGUACCUAUGACCCCGGACUGGACUGGACUGGACUGGACUGGACUGGCCUGGGGCCAGAAACAGGAACACUUUUGUCAAAUAUGUUUACCAGCCUCUCCUAUACUCUUUCUUUUAAUGCGUCUUCCGUCGCGAAUGUUCUGUAGAUGUUAGACGACGCGUCACGCGAAACGAAAGUCCCGAAAGUAAUUUAUUCUCAGCGUGUCAUAUUAGUUAAGACAAGACGCUACCGCCCAGCCACGCCACCGAGAGGAUCCUUUUGCUACUAAGCCUAGGGGUUGAUCGCUAGGCGUUGGCAAGUGGCGAGCGAACAAAAUAUGGUUUCUAUUCGAGAUCAAAACAGGAGAAAGAGAACCCGCGUGUGCGAUGUGCCAUUGUGGCCGACAGCAACGAUUCACGAAUCGCACCCUGAUUGAUUCGAUUACGCGUCCCUUUUAGCACCAGAUACACUAACUCUACACCCUAACCACCUCCGCAUGCCCAAUUUGUUCUCUUCUUCUCUCUAACCGGACCACAUUAAUCGCAUUAGCCGCACAUACACGUUGGGUGCAACUGUGGGCGCGACCUGGCACGUUUACAAAUUUAUGUGAUGCUGGAUGUCACGACAGUUUCGUGGCCGAGCGAGGGCCUCUAGAUGGGCGUGCAAAUUUGCCAGUUCCGCUACAUUAGAACCGCGUGAUGGUCAAUUUGUCACUCCCUCGGAAACGGAUUGUGCUGUCAGGUGUCGGUGUGGCGGUAGCUGGAGUAUCUAUUGUCAUCGGCGACAGUAGCAGCAGCAGCAGCAGCAGCAGCAGCAGUGGUCUGCUUCGUACCCGCAUCACGUUCGGUCCUCAGUAAAGUUGGAUAACUGCUUGCUGUGCUGGUGCUGCUUCCGUAUUUAAAUGUUUGUUUUGCGCUCGUUUUUUGGAAAUUGAACUGAUUAGAUGGUUCCAUUGUGAAGUGUUGCGCUGUCUAAUCUUAUAUCUACUUCUUCUGGCUCUAUAUUUUUCCUUCGUUUUUGUUUCUUUUCUGCUUUAUUCUGGUGGUUCAGGAAUAAGAAUUGCUUAACGCUUCAUUUGUAUGCCACUUUUUGGUUUUCGUUAUGCUUCUAUUUGUAUUCUAUUCCUUCCGUUUAUCUUUCCUAUUUUUCUUUCGUCGUUAUUUGUAUUCCCUUUCCUUUUAACGCGAGUUUGUUUUUGUUUGGUUCUCUAUCACUUGUUAAGCUUUUUUUCGUUUACUGCCUAUCAUUUCCUUCUUUCCAUUCACUUUUUAUUCUACUUUGAGCUAUUUCUUCUUCAAAUUCUAUUCUAUUCCCUCUCUCAGUUACAUUUUUUCCAUUGUUCAAACGUGCCAUUGGCCUGCGUAAUAUCCCAACUGCCCUUUACUUUUAUUUGUCCUUAGUCCCGGAAGCUUUGUCUCAGCCCGUUGUCUUUGCUUUUCUAAUUGAAACCACAACCGUUCCCAAUUCGUUGUGAACGCCUCCGAUUUCGAUCGAUCGCAAUAAAUAGCAUUUAUGGUUGUGAUUCAAUUGUACCUCGUAUGUAUACGGUAAACCGUCUAUCUCGCUCUGCGUGACGCAUACAUUACACAUUGCUCCGUUCCACCUCGCUUGGUGACCUUCCUCUCCAAUUGUUCUGCUACGAUCGUAAAUCAAUCCAUCCGAAUAUGACAAUUUACAGUAUAAUUGGAGCAGCUGCCCUUUCUGCAGCAGCUGCCCUUUCUGCAGCAGCUGCCCUUGUGAGUGUGCAAAAGCAAUAGAGUUCACGUACCAGGACACCAAUAAGGAAUAGGAGACUGCUGGUUAGCGUACCGACAUUCCGGCACACGGCUAACUAACGCUGCGUUCUCGAGCUCGCUGGCAUUCCGACCUACAUUUGGCACCUUAUCGCGAUGGUUUCCCACCGAAAGAUGAUGGAGCCCCGGACAUAGAAGGGGUCCGAGAGGAAUAUUUCGUUCGUUAUUUUUAAUGUGCCAACCAGUGAGCCCCGCGUGCGUGUUCUCCGUUCGCGCUCGCGGAUUGUGACAGGCUACGGUCGCCAUCGUGGCCACACUGGCCGGUUCGCCAUUUCAUGCGAUUGCAUAAUGCCGCUGUUCUGUCAAACGUGACGGCCGUUGUGUGUGCAUGUGGCUUGGAAGGUGGUCAUUCGCGCUCUUGGGUGGGGGUGGUGGUUAGCCACCCCUCUAUAAUUCCGAACGAGAACAGAACACGGACCUUCGCUGUGUCAACUACACGUGUCGCUCGUUGCAGUCGAACACUUGCCUGCCAGAGGUGAUCGAAGCCGCUUUACCCGCACACAAUCAAACAUGGUGACAAACACAACGCACACGGCGUGUCACGUUUAUUUCUCCGUUUUUUUUUUGUUCUCAUCUAAGCCCCUGGCGAAUUGUGAGCAACAAAAUGGUUGAGGAACAGCGGGAGCGUGCUAGUUCGCAAUGCGCCAACCCUCCAAUAAGGGUCGCCUACUACUACAAACCAACUUCGUGGGGUAAACGUGGGAUCGGUAGGCGUUACUAAGCGCAACGGACCUCCACCGGAGCGCGAACGAGUGAGCGAGCGAGCAAAGGGUGCACUAGCGCGUGACCAAAACACCUGCUAGCUGCUGCUAGUUGUUGCUGUUGUUGCUGUUACCAAGGUGCCUAGAAGUGGUGUGUACGGUGCGCCAAUAAAAUGGUGCGCCCUCCCUCCAAUCGAGUAGCCUGCGCUGGAAUUGGAAACCGCAAAACCUUUUUUGAAGUCAACCGCAAACGAUGACGAAUGUAUCAGCGCCGCACCGCACCGCAAUCAUAAACGUUUGCCAUAAUUGUUUGCCACCGCCCAUGGCCACGGCGUCUCCACGACGAGCGACAAUCUUGAUUUUUGCAACUCAUAAAAUGUCAAUCGAUCUCCACUAAACUCUUUCCCUCCUUCCCGGUGGUUUCGUUCCGUUUCGUAUCGUUUCAUUUCGAGUCCGCCACCGGCGGCAUCGAACUUUAUGGCCACCGCUCCUGCUCUCGUUCAGCAGCAUCGGCCAAAAAUCCAGACAAAAGCCGUUCCUCGAAGCAGCGGAGGUCGGUCGGACAGCCUUAUCGGCCAGUAGUCAUCUGUGAGAUUGCAUUAUCGUAAAACCUUCAUCACGGUCCUCGCCUCACCUGCCGCAGCUUUUCCGUGCUACCUUUCACCCGGAGCGGGAGCCUGGGCACCACCACGUGCCCACGAUCAGUACACGGACCCCUGGCCAGCCGUCUACAGAUCGUGGUAGUCGAGACGAGUUGACAUUCUGCUACUUUCUGCGCGUAUUUUCGUUCCUUAUUUGUAACUCUGGCUCUGUCCAGUGGCGCAUGCGCUUUGUGGCUCAGGCUGCGGUCUCGCUCUCUUAUCUACUCCCAUCGUAUCGCAUUAUCCUCUGCAGAGGAAUGUGCGCGGCUUUGCAUUUACUGUUUAGCUUCCAAACGAAACAAACCAUCACGACUCCGAAUGCACUUUCUGCACUUUAAUCUUAUCUGCAUUUCCUGUUGCACCGGCCACUAUCCCCCGCACGCCCUGCACUUUCAACUAACAAUCGGCGAAAGUCUCACAAAAAUGCACAAAAGACAUCAAUCAGCGGGCAAGCGAUGAACCUCGUGCGUAAGCGUCUAACAACAAUGAUUAGCCUUUAGGAUCGACCAUUCCGCGUGUUGUUUUGUGUUUUCACUUUUGGAUAUUUCGUUUAAGAGAAAGGGAGGGAGAGAGAGAGAGAGAGAGAGUUAGUUGUAAAAUUGUCAGUCUCGCAUACGCAAAUUCGUACGGUAUUACGGUAUUAGCCUGUAAGUCACAUAAGGUCACACAUUUGUAUUCCAGUAGCGUUACAGUGCGCCUUCCCCGUACGCUUACAUUCCAGUAGCCAAUUGUGUGGCGCCUUCGCAAAAGGCGCCACCAAGAAGAGAGAGCGAGAGGACCGAGGGCUCCACUUCCAAAAUGUAAAUGUCCUUGGCAGCCUAAGGUCCGCUCUCACGGUGUAUUUAUCGUUCUAGUGAUAAGAGGUUAGUUUACGAAGAGAUCGUGCCAGCAUACCACGCAGAGAACAGAAAAGAAAUGUCCUUUCCAAACAUUCCGGCAGACCAGUAUUGAUCGUUCGAUUUUAUUGCUACCGAGAGACCAGUUGGCACGAAGCAAACAAUUAACAAGGCCAAGCAGUACAGCCACUAGCGCUAGCCAUCAGUAUCCUAUACAGUAAGCGGCAGUGUCCAUUCCAUCACCAUGACAGUGUUAGGAAGAGAUAACGCAACGUAUCGUUCCAUCGUUGAAGAACAAAU